AUGUUAUCAUCGAAUUUACAAAUAUUCUGUGGUACCGAAACGAUAUGCACCAUACCAGCCGACUUUACAGUCACAAUGAAUAGUAAUUUGAAUAUUGCUGCUUUAGUUUUGAGCGGUUCAUUAACUUGGAACGAUAUCAGUCAAACUUCGAGUGAUCAAUGGUUGUGUGCUGGUUAUAUUGCUGUCAAUGGUGGACAAUUCAAUAUGAAUCUAACGAGUAAACAAGGUUAUAUUUACAUUAAAAAUAAUGGCCUCAAGCAUACUACGAUUUAUACUCGUGCUUUUAGUGCGUAUAAUGCCGGUAAAAUACAUGUUAGUGGUCGUCCUCUUGCUAGAACGUGGUCUCUACUAGCCAAUCGAGGUACAUAUGGUAUGAGUUCAAUUAGUCUCUUGCAUAAACCUGAGGAUAUGGGCUGGAGAGUUGGUGAUAGAAUCGUUAUAGCUCCGACUAUGACUAGUUCAAGAGGAAAUGCUGAAGAUUACACGAUUGGUGGAUUUGAAGCUAAUAAUACUAUAAAAUUACUUAAUAAAGAUGGAACUUCUAGUGGUAUUAUAUCAUCAAUUUUCGAAUCAAAGGCCCUUUUUACAGGAGAAAAUAUGACUGCUCUCAUGCAAGCUGAAAUUAUUAAUCUUUCGCGAAAUAUUAUCAUUACCGGAGACGAUUUUCAACAUGUUAAUUGCGUGAACGAUGUAGCUAGCGGCAAACCAAGCGAUAGUGCUCAAGCCGAUCAUUGUUCAUGUUGGACAAAUAUUAAUCGAAAUAAAUGCACUCUUGGAUUGCAUACAAUUGCAAUUGGACCCGGUACGGACAAUGAUCAAUCUGAUACUACGUUAAAUCAAGCCGGUUUAUGGGGUUUAAGCUUUACUAAUUAUGCUAUUGGAAAUCGUUUUGCUAAUAAUUAUAAUGGCAUGUUGUAUCAAGAGCAAGGUUUCGAGAGUGGUCGAGGUCAACUAAGUGGUUUGGAAUGCUUGAGUUUUCAGCGAAUAGGAAGAUUAGAAGGAAACACUUUUCAUGGUUGUGGAAGAUUUGGUACAUAUGUACUUGCAAAUGUCUUUCCAAAAAAGACCGACAGGUCGGUUGAUAAAAAUGGUUUACCAACUUUAAGCACAUGUCGAGAAUGGACUACGAAUGGUGAAGACAAUGGAUUGCCAGCAACAUUCAUGCAUAAUAUAGAUUAUGGCAACGUAUUUGUAGGUCAAUACAAUGCUGGUGAUUUACAGUAUCGAUUCCAUACAAGCAUUGAAAACAACAAUUUAAUUUACUGGAAAGAAACAAAAAAUUUUCAAGACGGUUGCUCCUCUCAUAUUGCUGACUCGUUCUAUGGUUCAGGCAAUUUAGCUUUGCCUGGUGGUCAUGGAGCGUUCAUUUUGGAAAACAUGGUUUUCAAUAACCAGGUUCAUUUUGAGUCAAGUCAUCAUUGUCAAAUUUGA